AUGGAUGACAACUUCGGAGUAAACCUAAUAAAUCCGUUCCUUAGAAUGAAAGGGAGGAAACCAAAAGAAAAUUCAAUCAUUCACCUUCCUCCAUUGAAUCCACCUUUUACAGCUACGGCACGAGAAUUUUGGCGUACAAAUUAUGAGCAGGUUGUCUUUAAGGCUACAAUUACAGCAGACCCGAUAUUGAAUCCAGAUGAUUGCAUUGUUGUUGUAAUAUAUGUGGACCUAUGGCGACUAGCUUUCAUAAGACUUAACAAAGACAUCUCAUGGACUUACAUGACGAAAGAUUACACAACAAUUGAAGAAGUUGCUUAUGUUGAUCGGAAAUUUUAUGUCGUGGAUCAUCGGAGUAAACUUUUGUGCUUUGAUAUUGCUGGUAAGUUCAACUCAGAUGUAGAAAGUAUUGCAUAUGGCGUUGAACGAAACCAACCAGGGCUUGCCAAGAUAUAUCUUGUGGAUUCAAAUGACGGAGAAUUGUUGUUGGUUCAUCGUUAUGUAGACUCUCAAUGGCAAAGACGUGAGACAAAGAAAUUUCGAGUUCUUGCAUUUGAUUUCGCUACCUUGCAAUGGAUGGAAAAAAAUACGUUAGGUGAGGUUGCUCUCUUUUUGGGCGACAACUCUUCAAUGCGUGUCUCGGCACCCAGGUUUUCAGGAUGUGAAUCGGAUCACAUUUAUUUCACCGACGAUCAAGACCGCGUAGAUGAUACUCGUAAACCUCGUGAUUUUGGUGUUUACAACUAUGGAAAUCAUAAGUUUUCAGUGUCUGACAACAGUCAAGUGAUGAAAGUAAUGAAGCGUACCAACCGAUAUCCAAUAUGGGUUGUACCAACGAUUUACCAGUUUUAG